AUGGCCCGUCUAUCUUCUUCCUUUAUUGUGUCAUUCAUCUUCUUCAUCUAUGCGCAUGCUUUCCCCCGCGAGACCGGUGUCGCAAGCUUGACUCAGACUCAGCCAACAGCAUCAGUCACGGAGGCUGUUGCACCUGCUGUUACUGAAGAAGCUCGACUCAGAUGCUCCGAUGGCUCAACUAUCUUACACACGACAGACUGCACCAUGGGCACCCCGGUAUCCUUCUGCCAUAAGCCAGAGGCCCCGAUCAAGUGUGGCCAUGGGUACUUCCCAUCCGUAUGGCACGCCGACCACUGCAUGGAGCAGUCGACCUGCUUCCCGCUCGAUGCGGCGUGGCUGACGACGGAAUGCCAACACGGAGCAAUUCCAUAUACAACAAAUACCAUGUACGACGGGACCCUUGCAGGAGGUCUUUCGACAGUGAUCAGUGCUGUCUCGUGCUCUUGCGCGCCCGAUCAAUGGUACAGCAUGACGUGGCUGGGUGGAAGCUCCGACCUGGAGACCUUCUGCAUGCCAUACAGCUACUGUCCGCCAGGCAUGACAACAUCUAUCAGCUUCAACGCUUACUGUGCUACGGCCACAGAAGUAGCCUGUGAUGGGGUGCCAACUGAGACGCCAUUCUGCCAGUGUGCGGAUGCAAAGCAGACUCCUAUUUACCCGGAUGUGCCUGGCGCUGUAGCCAUUGGAUGCGAAUAA